AUGGGUGAAAUAGACGACGAGACAAGAUGGGUAGCACAAGCAGAACUAAAUUCAAUAGACAGAUUAAUCAUCUCAUGGAAUGGGAAGGAGUGGCCCUAUAAAGGCGGAUUGUUGUCCGGAUGGCGGAUCACAUCUUUGGUGGGUACUAUGGUAUCUAUGGCUAUAGGUCGGUACAUUAUACAGAAGAAUAACAUCCCUGGAGCUCGUGCCGUUGGCAUGGGUGAUGACAUCAUCUUAGCCUCUCCUUUAUAUGGGCUUACACAGGAGCAACUCUUCGACAGUUACGCAGAGACAGGGUUUAACAUCAACCUUCUAAAAACUAUAUCGGGACCAAUAGGUGAGUUCCUACGUCAGGUAUAUUCCCCCAGAGGUGUAAUAGGUUACCCUUGUUCUGCUAUGGGUGCAGUGCUAUACGCUCCCCCUUGGCUAGACAGAUAUAGUUUGGAUAGAGAGCAGGAAGUAUCGAAGAAUUGGAGGUGCCGGGGGUAG